AUGACAGAUAAAAGUAUGGUCGAAAACAAACUUCAAUAUAUUCCGCCGAAAAUUGAUUUUAAAGGUUUAAUAAUUGCUUUUAUUAUUUUCAUUUUAUUUAUUGGAUUUUGGUAUCAUGCUUUAUUUCAAAUCAAAUUUACAAAAACAAGUUACUUAGAUAUUACUGGAACAUUUUUUAUUUUGGAAUUUUUAUAUACAGGACUAUUUAUUACUUGUCAUGAUGCCAUGCAUGGUACAAUUACUCAUCGCUAUCCACGAUUAAAUCAUAUUAUUGGUUAUGUCUGUUUUUCUGCAUAUGCUUGGCUUGAUUAUCGUAGUGUGUAUGAAAAACAUUGGCGUCAUCAUAAGCAUACAGGUAUUGUUAAUGAUGAUCCUGAUUAUCAUAAUGGUCGAUCUAUAGGAUUUUUUUCUUGGUAUUUUCAUUUUUUAUGUGAAUAUGCUUCUAUAAAACAAGUCAUUAAAAUGACUGUAUGGGUUUCUAUUCUUUUAUUAAUAUUUUCAGUUCCACUUAUUAAUAUUCUUACAUAUAUGUUAAUAUGUGGAUUAUGUAGUUCAUUACGUUUAUUUUAUUUUGGUACUUAUAUACCACAUCGACCAGAAAUAAUCAAUGGAAAAUUUGAAGAAAUUAUGUCAUGGGAAAAAUCAAAAUCAUCAAAUGUAAAUCGAUUGAUUAGUUUUUUAUGUUGUUAUCAUUUUGAUUAUCAUUUGGAACAUCAUCAAUGGCCAUAUGCACCUUGGUGGGAUUUAUGGAAAUGUAAAGAAAUUAUGAAGAAAAUGAAUCAUUUAUAA